AGCUGCAGCUACACACUCUCAUGCGGACUGCAGAAGGGGAGGGAGAGAAGCGCUACACACGGAAACCCCACCAGCUGAAUGUAAAGUGGCAAUAUACAACCGCGAACAAAUUACAAGCUGUAAAUUAUUAUGCGCAUACUAGUCGAUUAGGCGCAUCAUAUAUUUUGCAAAGUGAAGAAAACAAGUUGAAAUAAGAAAAAAAAAUCAAAGGCUCAGAAACGGGGAUGAAAAACAUGGAGUAUUUCAUGGUACCAGCUGAGAAGGUGUCUUUGCAACAAUUUAGGAAAUCGGAGAAAGAAGUCAUCGGGGGUCUUUGUAGUUUGGCCAAUAUUCCAUUGACACCGGAGUCCGCACGCGACCAGGAGCGCCGCAUUCGCAGGGAAAUCGCCAACAGCAACGAAAGGCGCCGAAUGCAGAGCAUCAACGCUGGCUUUCAAUCCCUGAAGACCCUCAUCCCACAUAGUGACGGGGAGAAACUAAGCAAGGCUGCCAUACUCCAGCAGACGGCCGAGUACAUCAUCGCCCUGGAGCAGGAGAAGACGCAGCUCCUGCAGCAGAACAACCAGCUCAAGCGCUUCAUUCAGCAGGAGUUCACCGGCUCCUCACCGAAGAGGAGGCGCACGGAGGAGAAGGACGAGGGCAUCGGCUCCCCGGACAUCCUGGAGGAGGAGAAGCUGGAGGACCUGCGGCGAGAGCUGCUGGAGCUGCGUCAGCACCUGGAGAAGGAGCGCUCCGCCCGGGCACAGCUGGAGGAGCAGCUGCGCUCCCUGGACACCCAGCUGUACCCGGAGAAGCUGGCGGCGGUGGCCCAGCAGGUGCAGGACCAGCACUCGCUCCUCCACACACAGACCCUGCUGCGCCUCCAGCAGCUGCAGCAGCAGCCGCCGCCGCCAACCGACAGGGACAGCGCCCCCCGCAGCCCACAGGUGAUUGCCACUCCCACUCCCCCUGCCCCUACCCACCAUCCUACUGUCAUAGUCCCCGCCCCCACACACUUUGCCACGGCGAGCGUCAGCCCAAGCCCCAGCAGCAACAUCAUGUCCACAUCACGGCAAAACCUUGACACUAUUGUUCAGGCCAUCCAGCAUAUUGAGGGGACCCAGAGAGUGGGCGGAGUCGAGGAGGAGCAGCGGCGGGCCGUCAUCGUCACCCCGCACCGCGUCUCUAUGGAAACCACGGGCUCGGACACGGCCUCCGACAGCGAGGGUGAAGGCAACUGCCCCAUGACCUAAUAGCUGUAUUCGCCCUCACUACAGACACAGAAUCAGUGAAUGUAUAACACUCACGGCAGCACUUCCACACACACACACACACACACACACAACAUGCACACACUCAAAUGGUGAACUAAAUGUUUGGUUAAAGAACAUUUGAUUCUACCACAUGAUACACACACAUACAUACUUACACACACACGCACACACACAGUAAAAGCUACCCCCCCUCCUUCUCCAUUUUUUGAAUGAUGUUUGAUGCAGCUGGACUCUGUAAGAGAUGUGUGGAUGUCACCCCUUCCUCCCUCCUUCCCUGUUGGGUUUGUUUGUUUGUUUGUUUGUUUUCUUUCCUUUGAUGGCAUAAUCUCUCAUCUCAGUGGCAGAGUAGGUUAGGGAGGGGAGGGGAGUGGAGCAGAGGCCAGACCUAAGCGAGGUGACCAAAGAAAAGCCAUGUUCGCUCUUGGGGGGGGUCGGGCAGUGUCCAACCGACACGAGUCCUGUCCCUCCGCGGAAGCCCCGGUCAACUUCCUGUCGCGUGUCCUAGUACUAUAGCUAGCGUGCUCUUCGGCUACCGUUUUUCUGUGUGGCUUUGUUUCUCCCCUCUCAGUGUUUCUGCACUAAAGUACACACAUGUGAUAACUCUUUUUUUUAGUAUGUAUGCAUGUGCAUUGGUGCUUUGGUGAAUCUUUUAUUUUAUUUGACUUUUGUUGUUUUAUUUUUCCCUUAACAGAAGGGAAGUCGCAGAUGAGGGUGUUAGCAAAGCCUUCGUGGCCGUUUAUCUAUGCAGUCUACACCGCGUACUUAGACACUAUUCAGAUGCAAUUACACUCAGAACGUUUAAAAAAACACACACACACACACACGCAGAUCACAAAGCCUGUCUAACGGGGCUCGCCGUCAGCAAGGUAGUGUUUACCUUGUGGCCCAUCUGGUGGGACGUACCAGCGCACCGCCUAGCCAGUGGAAUGUACCACCCCACCCCACCCCCCGCAGAUGAGCCUCCCUCAUCAUGGCACCUUCCCUCAGUGGCCCCUAACCUGAAAGCACUAGAUAAAUAACAAUAACAAUAAUAAUACGGUUAUGGUGGAAACGGUAAACACAAACAAAGAGGGUUGAUUACAUAGAGACGUGUGUUAUGGCCUCAUGACUGAAAUGAGAAGCUAACAGUAAUCAUGUGGUCUGCACGUAAAAAACUUUUACUAAGACGUAUUGAGCGACACAAUCAGAACUGAUGGGGAAAAGCUGCCCAGGUCGAGUCGUCUGUAGACCUGGGAGUUUAGAUGUAGAUUACGUGUCUGUACACUUGAAGAAGAAAAUCCGUUUGGCUGCACCAUGCAGGUCUGUGUCUUUGCAACACGGUCCGUUUUCAAGCUCUGCGAACAGCACUGAAGCUCACUCACACAGUUCACCGCCUCGAGCACCUUUUGACUGUAACCUCCGAUCCCAGCCUCCUUGAAGGCCAGAGUUUGGGUCCCCCCAGACCACAAAUAGGAAAUGGCAGCUGUUUUAAAAUUGGAGCUGGACCCCAUCGGACCCUAAAGUGUGUGAUCGGGGUGGGUCAAGAUUGAGAUUAUCCUUAUUCGUACAUGUCUCCAGCGUGUAGUUGUUGGCACUUGGACAAAGUUCUCGCCCGCUUUCUUGGUCAUAGCAUGUGAAUAGGUGACUGCUAACGAUCCCCAUAGUCUAGGUAUCAUUUGUCCUCCGCACUGACUCCACAUCUUAUUUAGUUCAGAUAACAGGAGUUUCGGUCAUGUAAAGCUCACACAUUGUUAAGCUAGUGUUUCCUGUCUUAUUUGUUUUGGUUUCCUUUUGCUUUCUUUUGUUUUACUGUAGUCAGACUUUUAAAAGAAAGAAACUUGUCUUCUAUGGUGUUGCUUCUGUAAUUUUUCUCUGUCACCAUUGAACAACCUUUCAUCUCUAUAUACACCUGUACAGACAAAAUGAACUGUAUGUUUUAAAAAAAAAAAGAAAAAGAAAAGAAAGUAAGUAAGAAAACCAGAAUUGUACAGACCUGAAGUAUGGGGGAAAUGAAAACUAAGGGUACAUGUUACAGGCUAACAUGAAGCACUUAACUGUCCUGUCACAUAGAAAUACACACACAUUUCAAACUCCAAAACAGCCAUUCCAUUAUGUGUGUCUGUGUCCCAUGUUCCUCACCAUGAUCCUUUUUUUUCUUUUUUUGUCUUUUAUUGAGUUCAUGCGUCAUCUUUCCUCGCAUCUCCUUAUUUGUCUGCGCAUUAUAGACUGUGUUGUUGUUUUUGUUUGUUGUUUUUUGUUCCCUUUGCAUUUGUUUGUAGAAGUGCUCUGUGUUUAAAAAAAAAGCGGUUAUAUUUUUUGCUCAUUAAGAGGGGUUAUGAGAGGCCAGUGCCUUUUUUUUUUCUUUUCCAAAUGAUGAAAGAAAAAUAAUAAAUUUUGUACUUUUUUUACAA